AUGACUGACAAACCAGUACCACUGUUCUUUUACGGAACUUUACAAUCUCCCCUGGUCUACUCUCGCGUAAUAUCGAGGCACUUUGGAUCUGCUUUUACGCAACCGAAAAUGGUGCCGGCCGUGCUCAAGGGCUACUAUCGGAGACGAGUGAAAGACGCAGUCUAUCCAGCCAUUACCGCUUCACCCGAUCAUCAAGUAGAAGGACACCUUGCCUAUGUGCAGACACAAAAGGAGGUUGAUAUACUAGAUGUGUUUGAAGGAGAGGACUAUCAGCGCACUCCAGUUAAAGUCACGCUGUCCAACAAUGAUAUCGUCGACGCUCAUGUGUACGUUUGGAUAGCGGAGAAGGACUACCUGGAAGAUCUGGAAUGGCAUCUAGAUCAGUUUGAGCAACAAGGAGCACCAAAGUGGGUGACUGAUAUUGAUGAGUUUGAGAAUGUUGACGCCAUGAGGGCUGCGACAAAGUAA